AUGUCAACUCUCCCAUCACCGCCCGACGGCGUCGAUCUUACGGCCGACAAGAGGCCAAUGGUGAUCGGAGCAUCAGUUGCCACCUGGAUUCUCGCAGUGUUUGCCGUUCUGCUUCGCAUCAUCAGUCGGAGGAUCAAAGGCCUCGAUCUGUGGUACGAUGACUGGCUAGUUGUUGCCGCUUUGGUGGGUGAAGCUGUGAGUCGAGGAGUUGGCCAGCAUGUCUGGGUAGCCAGCCCAGAAGGCACAUAUGCCUGGGCGAUAGGACUGUUCAUCGGCGAAAUUUGCUACACCUUGACGCUACUUCUUGUCAAGCUUGCCAUUCUUGCCUUUUAUUGGCGGUCCUUUAGCAUCAAAAGAUCAGUGAAGGUGAUUAUUUGGAUCCUUGUCGCGACAACUUCUGGUUGGGCUUUCAGCCUGCUCGUCGCAACGUUUCUUCAGUGCAUACCGACCCGCGCGUUUUGGGAGCGAUUCAACCCCUACAACCCCCUUCUGCCCUCCGAAUACCAUUGCGGCGUCGACUCGUUACCUUUCUUUAUUGGGAAUGCUAUUCCCAACAUCGUAACGGAUAUCGUCAUGAUCAUUCUACCGAUUCCUUAUAUCUGGUCCUUGCAGUUACCGGUCCAACAAAAGUUGGCUUUGGGAGGUGUUUUCGUUGUUGGUAUCUUUGUUACGGUUGUUUCCUUGGUACGAUUAAUACAGGUCAUCAAUCUCGAUCUAACAAAUGUGGAUAUCACUUGGAACUUUGCAAGUGUCGGAACGUGGACAAUUGUCGAAGGCAAUGUCGCCAUUCUAUGCGCCUGUCUCCCCUUCCUCAAACCAAUUAUCAAUAAGAUUACAUACGGCAGAUUCGGCUCAACCGCUGAUAAGAGUGUCAAUACCAAAGGCAGCUCAAAGCCAGAGCAACGGCGCCAGGCCAGUGGUGCAUGGGGAAUGGACAAGAACUACGGAAGCUCGACAACAUAUGUUAGAUCAAACAAAACGGACGAACGGCCUUUCACCAGGCUUGACGGCGACGAGUCAGAUCAAGGCACUUCCGGAAGAUCGAAUACGGAUCUCGAACUACAGGAUAUAGGGCACGCAGACGGAUCCCCGGAUGGAAUUGUAGUGGUAAGGGACGUGAUAAUGGAGACUGAGCAUAAUCCUAAAGGCGUGUAUUAG